AUGGGGAAAGGUGGGAUGUCUCAUGGCAACAAUGGAGAAGAAGAGAAUAUGGCAGCUUGGCUUCUUGGGGUUAACAAUAUCAAGAUUCAACCUUUCAACCUCCCUCCUCUUCGCCCUCAUGAUGCUAGAAUAAGAAUGAAAGCUGUGGGUAUCUGUGGAAGUGAUGUUCACUACCUCAAGGAGAUGAAAUUAGCGGAUUUUGUGGUGGAAGAACCAAUGGUAAUUGGGCACGAGUGCGCUGGCAUUAUUGAGGAAGUUGGGUCUGAGGUGAAGCACCUUUCGCCCGGAGAUCGUGUGGCCAUUGAGCCCGGAAUAAGCUGUUGGAGGUGUAAUCUUUGCAAGGAAGGGCGAUACAAUUUGUGCCCUGAGAUGAAGUUUUUUGCUACCCCUCCUGUUCAUGGUUCCCUUGCAAAUCAGAUUGUGCAUCCUGCGGACUUAUGUUUCAAACUGCCCGAGAACGUGAGUUUGGAGGAAGGGGCAAUGUGCGAGCCGUUGAGUGUUGGAGUUCACGCGUGCCGUCGUGCGAAUGUGGGCCCAGAGACGAAUGUGCUGGUGAUGGGAGCCGGGCCUAUUGGGCUGGUGACGAUGCUUGCGGCUCGGGCUUUUGGGUCACCGAGGAUAGUGAUUGUGGAUGUCGAUGAGCAGCGUCUGUCCGUUGCUAAGGAGCUUGGAGCAGAUGAGACUGUCAAAGUCUCUACUAACAUAAAUGAUGUGAACACAGAAGUUGAAAGAAUUAAGGAGGCAAUGGGGGGUUUGGUCGACAUAACUUUCGACUGUGCGGGAUUUAAUAAAACAAUGACAACAGCUCUUGGUGCCACAUCAUCUGGCGGGAAAGUUUGCCUUGUCGGGAUGGGUCACACUGAGAUGACCCUCCCUCUUGCCCCAGCUGCUGUCAGAGAGGUUGAUGUUGUUGGCAUAUUCCGGUACAAGAACACGUGGCCCUUGUGCAUCGAGUUUCUGAGGAGCGGAAAGAUAGACGUGAAGCCUUUGAUAACCCACAGGUUCGGAUUCUCUCAGAAGGAAGUGGAAGAUGCUUUCGAGACGAGUGCACGUGGUGGUACUGCUAUCAAGGUCAUGUUUAAUCUCUGA